AUGCCAGAGGAUGUGCGCUAUGAUGUGUUGAAUGCUCUUAAAAAUGGCCAAACACAAAAAGAAAAGUUCAUCUGUAAUCUACUAAUUGGAAAAGAAGUCCCUUUCUUCGAACCUAUCAAGAGGAACAAGUUCAAAGCUUUGUCUUCCACCACACCUAAAAGGCAGCUUGUGGCAUCCAACCAGAAGGUGAUCCAGUAUAAGGCGACAAGUGGGUUUAUCUUUCAGAUCUUCAUCAAAUCCCAACUACUGUGGUCACAAAUCAACAUCUCUGAACUGAUGUCCUACCCACUGACUGUGACUCCAUAUUCCAUUUCAACAGUUGAUGGAAUCUUUGCAAAAAACAAUAAAGCACAGGGGAUGAACCUCAUGAUUAAAGAUGCUGAGAAUGUGGAGCUCCCCUCAGCUAGUCAGUGUGGUCUUGUUGUAGAUGGCAAUGCCACUUUCUACAUGAGCAAUGUGCCCCAGACAGUGAAAACCAUUUCAGAACGUAUCAUCAAAAGUCAACGUCCUGAAGCAGAAAUGGUGUUCAGUACAGAUACCUAUGUUGACCGUCUUCACUCUCCAAAGUCAGCUGAGAGGGACCAUUGUGGUGAGCGGUAUAUAGUCGAUGGUCUCAAUGUUCGCCGACCUGCAGAUUGGAAAGGGUUUCUCUCAAAUGAUGACAACAAGAAGUCACUCAUACAUUUGCGUCUUGAGCACUGGAGCUCCACAGAAAUGUUGGAAGUGAUACAGCGAAGGCCCAUCAACUUUAUUGAGGCUGGACAAGCUUACAGGAUUAAAUUUGAAGAUGGAGUGGUUUCAAAAGCUGUUCAAAACAUGAAGAAAUCACAUACAAAACACAUUGCCUCACAUCAGAACUGUCAGAGUCAGAGCCAAAGACUCAGACAUUUUCUUCAUUCUCCUCUACUAUGCCAAGACCUUCAAAGUAGUAGAUAGUAGAUAUUUGACAUGGGAGAUAAGCUCAUAAACAUCAACCAUCUGGUUGAAAGGUGCGACCCAUGAAGCUUUUGAACAAGCAGUCAAAGUUCAUAGAGAUCUUUGCCGCAGUGGGGAACUCUUGGGAGCUUGAUGGGUUUGUACUAUCUGGUAUUGAGGAGUUCACCUGCCGCCUCUGCAGCUUUGGUCCUCGAGUGAAGCGUGUCGAUGAGGCAAGAGAGAUCAAGGUGCAGAAAAUGUGUGGCUCAAGCCUUGAGCUUCACCCAGGUCUCUCCAUUGACUUUUCCACCUUUCCACCAUGCAGGAGGGUUCUCAUUCAGCACAUCAAGAGAGUGAACGUUCAGGUAUGCAUCUGGAAGAGGGCUCACGAGAACAACCCAGCAAUCCCAUCACCUCUUGGCAUUGGGUUUCAUCUCAACACUGAAAAUGGAAAACUAGAGCCUCUGUGGUUUGAAGGUGAUGUCAUCCCAAAAGCCCUCAAUGAUGUCUUGGUUGAGGAGUGGACAGAUGAGGAUGACCUAGAAGAAAUCCAUACAUACAUGAAUGAUGACGAGGAGGAGGAGGAAGACGAAUAUGAUGAUUAA